CCAAAGCGCCUUCCCCAGAGCCCUGUGGGGGCAGAAAGGCCGGCCGGCCCGUUUGGGUCGCCUGGGGACUGGCCGGGUCCUCGCCCUGUGCUCUGGGCUCUGGGACGGCGCUGGCGAGCUUGUCGCUCUGGCCGUCUCCUCCCUCUUCCCGCCGCGCCCCAUUUCUCUGCCUCCAGCGUCUUUCCAGGCGCCUCCUUCAGUGUCAGAGGUCGGAGAAAUGGCCUGGGGCAGCCACUGAGGAGACGCCGGAGCCGGAGCCGGAGCCGGAGCCGGAGCCAGGGCCGAGCGCCAGUUGGAACGGGACAACGGUUCCUGAGCUCUGCUGCCACCAGUGGAGGCUCCCCCGAGGCUGCGAUCUGCACCCGGGGAAGGAGCCGCCCCCUUUGUUGGCCUCAUAAAGUGGGGGGUGAAAGAAAGAAGCGCCCACUGGCUGCCGUCGUCGCCACGGAUUCUCACAACCCCGCUGGCAGGCGGGGCUAUUUUUGUCCCAGUUUGGCAGAUGAGGAAACUGAGGCAAACCCAAGGAGAGCGCCUUGCCCAGCACCUGAUGCGGGACUGGAACGCGGACCCUCCUGGCCACAGAAAGAGCAGCUCCCCGGGUCCCCUGGCAGUGGCGCGGGACCCAAGGCUGUCGUCCAGCCCGAGUCAGGCAGGCCUGGCAGCCCUCUAUGGCGACCCCCACGGGCGCCCUGUGACGUAUGUCUGUGGGAGGGUCGGUCGCUGCAUAACUUCCUUUGUGGGCUGCAGCUUGAGAGGAGCCGAGGAAGACCCACCGGCACGUGGGCUGGGCCGCCGCAGCUUCCCUUUGAAGAAGCGCCAGUGAACUUCGACCACUUCCAGAUCCUCCGAGCCAUCGGCAAGGGAAGCUUUGGAAAGGUCUGCAUCGUGCAGAAGCGCGACACCGAGAAGAUGUACGCCAUGAAGUACAUGAACAAGCAGCAGUGCGUGGAGCGGGACGAGGUCCGCAACGUGUUCCGGGAGCUGGAGAUCCUGCAGGACCUCGAGCACGUGUUCUUGGUGAACCUCUGGUACUCGUUCCAGGACGAGGAGGACAUGUUCAUGGUGGUGGACCUGCUCCUCGGCGGCGACCUCCGCUACCACCUGCAGCAGAACGUGCAGUUCACGGAGGAGACGGUCAGGCUGUACAUCUGCGAGAUGGCCCUUGCCCUGGACUACCUGCGCAGCCACCGCAUCAUCCACAGAGACGUGAAGCCGGACAACAUCCUUCUGGACGAACAAGGACAUGCUCAUUUGAGUGACUUUAACAUCGCCACAAUCAUCCGGGAUGGGGAACGAGCCACGGCGUUAGCAGGAACCAAGCCAUACAUGGCUCCAGAGAUCUUCCAUUCCUUUGUCAGCGGAGGGACAGGCUACUCCUUUGAAGUGGACUGGUGGUCAAUGGGCGUGAUGGCUUAUGAGCUGCUCCGUGGCUGGAGGCCCUACGACAUCCACUCGAGCAACCCGGUGGAGUCGCUGGUGCAGUUGUUCAGCACCGUGAGCGUCCAGUACGCGCCGGCCUGGUCCCAGGGGAUGGUCAGGCUGCUGAGAAAGCUCCUCACCGUGAGCCCCGAGCACCGCUUCUCCAGCCUGACGGACAUCCAGGCCUCCCCCUACCUGGCCGACAUCCUGUGGGACGAGCUGCGUCAGAAGAAGGUGGAGCCCGGCUUCGUCCCGAACAAGGGGCGCCUGCACUGCGACCCCACCUUUGAGCUGGAGGAGAUGAUCCUCGAAUCCAGGCCCCUGCACAAGAAGAAGAAGAGGCUAGCCAAGAACAAGUCGAGGGACAACAGCAAGGACAGCUCCCAGUCGGAAAACGACUACCUCCAAGAGUGUCUUGAGGCCAUCCAGCAAGACUUUGUGAUUUUUAACAGAGAAAAGUGAAGAACAACAAACACGGGGAUCACUCAGGGAUGCAUGGCUGAGUUAGGAGGUACAGGAAGCCUUUUGCAAAAGAAAAUCAAGAACAUGAAAAGAUCCAAAUAAAAGAGAAAAUAACUUGUGGAUGAAAUACAAAAUGUAAAAGUCUUAUGUCUAAAAAAUCUAAGAGAAAACAAACCGAUAACAGGCCCUUGAAUCAGGGCCCAAUUAAAUGUUCUAAGCAAUGAUGCAUUGACCCAGUCAGUAGUAGCCAGGACUACAGAACGUUUGCCACACCAUGAAAGACAGAAAAGAGACUAGAUUUCAGCAGCAAAUGGGAGCCAGGAUGGCAGUGAAAAGUAGGUGCUUGACAGAAUGUGGCUCAGAGGAAGUCCAGCCUCCGACCUAUGUCAAAACAGCCGCAACCUCGAACCCCAAACAAGUUCAAAUCCUCUUGACGUGGCUCAGAAUUACAUGAAUCCCACUGGGAUCUGGUCUCUUUGACCUUGUGCUCCAUAGGCACGAUGCAGGUGCUCUGUGCUUCUUUAGCACUGUACAGUGGCUCUUUUGUAUAUUCCCUUCUGGAAUCAGACAGAACCAUGAAGCAGUCCUAUAAUUUUCAAUAAUCAGUGGCAUCAUUUUUAUAGUCUAAAGCUUUGGGGUAUGCAUCAAUAUUAAAACAAAUAUAUUUACAACUUAUAUUACUGCAAAAUAAAAAAAUAAAGAAAAAUCUUCUCAAUACUGGUGACAUGCUUCAAAUACAAAAAGGAGAGAAAAAAUAAAAUUCAGAUACUAUAUUGCAUAUGCCAGGGAAAAAUCCAAGUUUUUAAAAAAGGUUUUAAAAAUCAAAAAUAUCUAGCUUAAAAUCAGUGACACACAGUGUCAGCCCUGUGUGAGUACAAAUGAUUUUCAGAAUAAAACAGUAACACAGUAGAUAAUGCACAUUCAAAUAAGUACCAAAGUUCCCCAAACUCACAAUAGCCCAGUUAAUGUCAGUAGCAAACAAACCCACUCUCAUAUUUCACACAAGUUGCUGUAUGACAUUAAAAAAACCCCCUAUGAACGGAUGGAUAUUUGUCACAGUUUUUAGAGAUGUGGCAAAUCCUUCAUCCUUGGCAAACAUUUUUAAACAAAGUAAAACAUAUUUGGGUCUAGAACAUCGUCAAGGAAUCUAGAUUGUUCCAGUAGAAGUAAAUUAAAAUGAAGAGUUUUGCAGGAGCUCUUUUUUCAGCUUCCUGAUUCAUAGAAACACCUUGGUAGAAACAUUUCUUUGUUUCUCUACCUUUAAUACAACAUUCUUUAUAAUAUAAACGUAAAACAUCAUCCAUUCAGAAACCACUAGUUAUGUAAAAUUAUUUCUAAAGACCCCUUAAAAUUACAAUUAAAUUCUUAGCUUAUUAAAUUCUCUAAAGGUUGUAUAUAGCUUUGAUGUAGUCCAUCCAUCAUCAUCUACGUGACAAUACACAAAGGCAACAUGUCAUCUUCGAUGGAUCUAGUGAAAAUGGUUUGGGCAAGAUAUUCAUGGGCGUACAAUGAUUUUGUUCUUCAGCAGAGGUAAAGGUACAAAUUAAAGAUCAAUAUAGGCAAAACACAGUAGCUUAAAAUGAUUCAGUAUAACAGAAAGAUGUUGAUUAAAUUAAAAUAGGUAAACUUAAAAAAAUUUAAGCCUUAAAGCAAUCAGUAAAUACAAUAGUAUAAACAAAGGUGCAGGCAGGCAGUGCAGUCAAAAUCCUUUUCACCAAUCCCAAUAGACUUGUUCACUAUUAUAGGGGGAAAAUAAACUCAAAAUAGUUAGCAAUAAGCUUCCAGGUCUCUUUUAAAGUUUCCUUCCCUCCCCCAGUAUUCAUUAUCCAUUUAGAUUUCGUUUGUCAGCACUCUGAAUUUUCUCAUAGAAGCACAGGGCAGACUCUCCACUCUGCAUUUUGAGAGCACUUAAGACUUUUAGAACUUUCUCAAAAUGUUUCAGGUUGGUUUGUAGCAUAAGCAGCCUGGCUUGUGGCAUAUUCUUGAGAAGGAAUAAAGUGCGAAAUCUCCACUGAAAAGAAAAAGUCCCAGAAUAAGAAUGAAGCAGAUCCACACUGCACUUUUGAGCUCUGCCAACUCAAACUGUUGCUUCAGAGUUUCAAGCAUGCUUUGCGAUAGCAUUUUUUCCCUGAAAGCUGCUGAAUGGGGUUUGUUUAAAGAGUAAACAGAAAGAAGCAACACUAGGGAAAACAAUAGUGUAUUUGCAUAUAGGAGAAAAAUGCUUCUCCUUGGUGUUUUGGGUCAAGAGAAAAAAGGAAAAAACAGGCUCCUUCCCCCAAACUGACUUGAAAUUCACUGAUUUGGAACUAACUUCCCUCCCUGUGAAAAACCUUUAGUAACAGCCUUCUAAGCUAGGAGUCCAGGAUCAGCUUUAAAAAAUCUGUGUGAAAGUUAGGUGUCGGGUUCUCUUCUCCACGCUGAAAAAUGGUCAUGGCAGGCUAGAAGCACACACGUGGAGUGUGGAAAGGGACUGGGGCGGGAAGAUUUUAAUACGUCACCCUCUGUGGGGAAAAAUGGCUGGGAUUGGCAGGCUCUUGUGGCAGGUCUGGUCUUGGUAAGAGGAGGCUCCAAGCUGGGUGGAGAGCAGUGAGGAAUGCUGGCUAGGCGGGUGUCAGGAGAAACAGUGGGCAGUGGCAGGUGGCAGGACGGCAGGAGCGCAGGCACACCCCGCCACUGGACCCUCGUGCUGGGCAGCGACCGGGCAAACUUACUAUCUUUACUGUAAGGCUGUCUGCUCAAAAAGUUUUGAGACUUCAUAAUACCUUUGUGGUAAGCCAAAAUGAGGGUUUUUAAAUUUAUAAUCAAUAACUAAACAUUGUAUUUUACAAAGUUUUAUUAAUAACUAAAACCAAAAAACUCCCCGACUUACCUCUGGCGCAGGUCCAAGAGAGGAAGAGGGAGGAGGUAGUGCCACUAAAUCAUGCAAAACGCAGGGAUGCAGGAAAAGGAAAGGGGGAUUGUGGGAAAUGUAGUCUCUAGGGUUUGAGAUUCUAAAUCAAUACAGGCCUCUGUCUCCGGCUUUGCUCUUCAGCAGUAGAGGAAGCUUCCUUCCCGGGCCGGGCCGCUCACCCCUCCGUAUUUC